CUUUACCGUACCACAAGACCUUACAUCCCUUUGGCAUCCCAUCAGCCCUUUUAUCUCUCACCAUGCCCAAAGCAGAGGCUGGCUCGGCCAAGGCCGUGGGUAACGCCAUGAAAGCCCGCGGUCUCACCAAGCUGCGCUUCUACUGUCAAGUCUGCGGCAAGGCCAAUCGAGAUGAGCACGCCUUCAAGAUGCACACAGAGUCAGAGUCACACAUGCGACAGCUGGCAGUCGUGGGACAGAAUGCUGGCAAGGCCAUUGACGAUUUCAGCAAGCAAUUUCAGGACGAGUUUGUUAGUCUGCUGAGUAGGAGGUUCGGGACUAAGCGCAUCAAAGCGAACCAAGUCUAUCAAGAGUACAUCCAAGAGCGUCACCACCUGCACAUGAACGCCACUCGUUGGGUCACUCUGACCGAAUUCGUCAAGCAUCUCGGUCGUGAAGGUAUCGUUCACGUUGACGAAAACGAAAAGGGUUGGUUCAUUGCCUGGAUCGACAAUUCCCCCGGAGCGCUCAAGAGGCAGGCUGCACUGCAGAAGAUGGAGAGGCAGAAGGUGGAUGAUGAAGGGAGGGAGAGGAAGAGGUUGCAGGAACAGAUUGAGAAGGCAAAGCGGGAGGAAGAGGAAAAGCAGGCUGGGGAGGACAAAGGAGAAGGAUCGUCCAAGCCUGCAGCUGUGGAGGACGGGCUGAGGAGGGAUCAAGGGCCGAUCAAGCUGGGUAUUGGUCUCAAGGCUCCGUCGAAAACGACACCUCCCAUCGGCGAGGAAGAGCGAGCCUCGGGCUCAGCGUCUACCGGAUCAGAAGGAUCUACAAACAAGCCCACCUUCUCCAUCUCCUCAUCCUCCUCAUCCUCAUCGAAAGCAGCCGCUACUCCCUUCCGCCUCGGCGUCAACCCUCUCAAAUCCACCAGCAAGAGCAUACCGUCUACCAAUCCACUCAAGUCCUCCCCCUCCAUGUCCUCCUCUGGCGUCGGCUACACUUCCUCGAGUGGCGGCGGCGGCGCUGCUUCGAAGCCUCAAGCACGGACGAUGGCGGAGCGUAUCAUGCAGGAGGAGGAGGAGAGGAGACAGAAGCGCAAGAGUGGGCCUGUGCCUAGUGGUGAUGGGAUGAAGAGGAUUCGGAUGUGAACGGCUGGUCAGCAGAGGAGGGGGAGCAAGAUCACUCUUCUCUCUGUGUGUGUGUAUGUCAUUCCAGAUGUAUGUGUAUAAGGUAGAAUUCAACUGUAAUUGUACGCGUCCCAUCUCCCUUCUCUCAAUCUCAAUCUCCACCAGUAAGAAAGAUCCGACUUAAUGGCUUCUGAUAGAAGCUACUCCCACUCCCAUUUCCAGUCGCCCCGCCCUCUUUGAUCCUCAGACUCUUGCGACCACUGAUACUGCCCUGCAUGACAGUCUCUGUGCUGCUAUCUCGAACAUGGCCAUGGCCAUAUCCACCGCCGCUCCCACCGCCGCCACCGCCGCUGGCUGUUCCCUCAUCACUGAAGAGAGCACCGAGUCCCC